GACUGAAUGGAGGCAGAUAAUUAUUCGUUUUUUUACUCCGCUAUUUUCGGCUGGUUUCUGGAAGAAAUUACCAGUCCUCACUGUCCGAGACCGGUCUCGAGUAUUACAACACUGGUGUUUGUUUACACUGUAUAUACAUCAUUGUGUUUGACGCUCUAGUUAUUAUGUCGCAGUACUUUGAAGAAAUGACAUAUUUGAUACUUUUCGACCGAAAAGGACUAUGGGAAAUCAAGUCAACAGUAUCAAGCGAGCUCAUUCUUGUGCAUACACGCACCAAUGUCAAGAAACUACAAUCCCCAGAAGCCCUUGUAUCGUUGACUUUGGCAAGGUUUCUGUGGACGUGGGAAAGGGUCUGCUCAGCGCUCACACAAACAAAUGUCCAUGGGUAAAGGUUGCAAUCGAAAUGAACAGCUUGACAUGCACAUUUGAUUCAACAUAUAUAUGUGUAUUAAAAUGUGGCUUAAACCUGAAGAGAUAUUGCUGAAAAAUGCAUUAAAGUUAUGGGUGGCAGAAAAAGGCAACGAAUAUUUCGUAUUACAAAGGAGGCGAGGAUAUGGGGAAGGAGGAGGAGGUUUGACAGGUCUUCUGGUUGGAACUCUUGAUACGAUGAUGGAUUCCACGUCUAAGGUCGCUCCAUUUCGCAUUCUACACCAGACACCGGACUCUCAGAUCUACUGGUCAAUAGCAUGUGGUGGCACCAAGGAGGAGAUCAACCAACACUGGGAGUGGCUGGAGAAGAACAUCAUGAGAACCUUGUCUGUGUUUGACUCCAGCGAUGACAUCACCAGCUUUGUGCAGGGAAAGAUCAGAGGGCUGAUUGCUGAGGAAGGGAAGGUGUCAGGCGUGCAGGAGGACGACCCUGAGAAGUUCCGUGAAGCACUGCUGAGGUUUGAGAAAUGGUUUGACCUCCCUCAGAAGGAGAAGCUGGUCACCUACUACUCCUGUAGCUACUGGAGGGGCCGCGUGCCCUGCCAGGGCUGGCUCUACCUCAGCACCAACUUCCUGUCCUUCUAUUCAUAUCUGCUGGGCUCUGAGGUGAAGCUUGUAGUCUCGUGGAAUGAGAUCUGGAGGCUGGAGAAAACGUCCAAUGUCAUUCUGACGGAGAGCAUUCAUGUGUUGGCCAAUGGGGAGAACCACUACUUCUCGAUGUUCCUACACCUCAGUGAGACCUUUCUGAUCAUGGAGCAGCUUGCUGACUACUCCAUCAAACGCCUAUUUGAUAAGGAGACCUUCCAGGAAGAGCCCUCCCUCUCAGACCCAUUACAGAUCACCAAGAGAGGCUUGGAAACUAAUGCUAGAAAUGAGCAAUUCCGGGCCUUCUUCAGGCUGCCUAAAGAGGAGAACCUGCUGGAGGUUUAUGAGAGCUUCCUAUGGGUUCCAUUCAGCCACUUCAACACGCUUGGGAAGAUCUGUCUGUCUGAGAGCUACCUGUGUUUCGCUAGCCAGGAUGGCAGCCAGUGCCACGUCAUCAUCCCCAUGAGAGAGGUGAUUGGUGUGGAGAAACCGGACCGUAGCAGCAGGGCUUUGACUGUGUGUGUGCGGGGUAAGAGGGCUCUGAGGUUCUCUGAAGUUCGGGACUUUGAGCGUCUCGGCAAUGCAAUCCGCAGGAGGUGUGGGAUGACUGCCAGUCCUCAACACUCUGCAUCAACUGAGGGCAUCAGAGGGGAGUGCCAAAACCUCAUCAAUCACUUUGAGGACAACCCAGAGGAGGUUGCUAUGAUGGUGGGACAGAAGGAGAGCAGCAAGACUGUCAGCAAUGAGGCCCUCAUGACUGUGUUCCACCCCCAGGAUGCUGAAAACCUGGAUCCCAAAAUGCUAAAGGAGAAGAUGAAGGAGCAGUCAUGGAACAUCCACUUCUCAGAGUAUGGCCGUGGCACCAGUAUGUUCUGUACCAAGAAGACACGAGACCUGAUUGUGCGUGGUGUCCCCGAGGCCUUAAGAGGAGAGCUCUGGAUGCUCUUCUCAGGUGCAGUCAAUGACAUGGCCGUUAACCCUGGGUAUUACAGUGAGAUAGUGGAUAAGUCUCUGGGGACCAGCACCCUUGCCACUGAUGAGAUAGAGAGAGACCUGCACCGCUCCCUACCAGAGCACCCUGCCUUCCAGAGCGACACAGGCAUCUCUGCCCUGCGCAGAGUCCUCACUGCAUAUGCCUACAGGAACCCCAAAAUCGGCUAUUGCCAGGCCAUGAACAUCCUGACGUCAGUCCUGUUGCUCUAUGCUAAAGAGGAGGAGGCUUUCUGGCUGCUAGUGGCUGUCUGUGAGAGGAUGCUGCCUGACUACUUUAACCGCAGGAUCAUUGGUGCCCUGGUGGACCAGGCGGUGUUUGAGGAGCUGAUCCGAAUGCACCUCACCCAGCUGACAGAGCACAUGACAGACCUGACCUUCUUCUCCUCUGUGUCCCUGUCCUGGUUCCUCACCCUGUUUAUCAGUGUCCUGCCCAUAGAGAGUGCUGUCAACGUGGUUGACUGCUUCUUCUACGACGGCAUCAAAGCCAUCCUGCAGCUGGGCCUGGCUGUGCUCGACUACAACAUGGAGGGUUUGAUCAGCUCCCAUGACGACGCUGAGGCAGUCACCAUCCUCAGCAAGUUUUUCGAUAAUGUGACCAAUAAGGACAGUCCUCUACCACAAACAGUGCAGCAAAACUCAGUGGGGAACAACGACAAAGCAUCAUCCCUCUCCAAGGUGGACAUCAGUGAUCUCAUCAAAGAAGCCUAUGAGAAAUAUGGAGACAUGAAAUCAGAGGAAGUAGAGCGCAUGCGGAAAAGAAACAAACUGUAUGUAAUCCAAACAUUAGAGGAUACAACUAAACAAAAUGUGCUACGGGUAGUGUCACAAGAAGUAAAGUUCAGUGCUCCCCAGCUUGAUAACCUUUAUGCAUUGUUCAAGAGGCAACAUUUCCUCAGCUGCUACUGGACGAUGAACAGCCCAGUGCUGCUACACCACGACCCCAGCCUGGCCUAUCUGGAGCAGUACCAGCUGGGCUUCCAUCAGUUCAGGGUGCUCUUCUCCCUCCUGGAGCCAUGGUCCCUCUGCAGCGGCAAUGAUGCCCUCUUCCUCUGGGCCUUCCGCCUGCUGGAUGAGAACCAGGAUGGCCUUGUCAACUUCAAAGAGUUCUGCUGUGCCCUGGACAUUUUGUACAGUGGCACUUUCACCAACAAACUGAAAUUCCUGUUCAAGCUUCAUCAGCCACCAGUGUCUGAUCUCCCAGAAGAUGGCGUGAUCAGGAAAAGCCCUGAAAGAGGCAAAGGGAAAGUGGAUCUGCAGGCCUACCUGAAACAAUGGCAAGAUGAGAUACUAAAGAAAGAGGAGAGCAUCAAGGAUUUACCCAGAAUUAACCAGGCUCAGUUCAUCCAGUUCUCCAAAACGCUCUACAAUCUGUUCCAUGGUGACCCAGAAGAGGAGUCUCUGUACCGUGCUGUGGCUCGUGUCACCAGUCUUCUGCUGAGGAUGGAAGAAGUAGGGCGCAGGCUCCAGGAGCCCACUAGCCCCACCCAGGCUGCCCCAGAGGGGGCUCCACUCAACAGGGAGUCCUACAGCACCCCUGAGAGAAGCUCAGACACCCCUUGCGCUACCAUCCCACAGGAGGUGGAGUGGUCAUUCGCCUUUGAGCAGAUCUUGGCAUCGCUGCUCAACGAGCCUGUCCUUGUGCGCUUCUUUGAGAGGCCUGUGGACAUUCAGGCCCGACUGGACCAUGCCAAGGGUGCUCAGUUGAAAGCUAAGACAAACAAGUGAACUGAAGGAUACACUGUGGUUCUGAACUUCUCAAAGCUAAUAAGUCUCUAUGUUCACCAUUCUCUACUGUUCUUUCUCCGCCUGGUUAGGUAACAGGAGUAGAUUCUAAACCAACCCUGUUCACUGUAACCAAACGCAAGGAAUACACUCGUAGAGAAUACAUUCACACCUUUUAACGCCUAUAGAUUCCAGUCGUAUCUGGUAGAUUCAUUGUUUUAGUCCUGUCAUCUGCACACCAGCAAACCUGCUCAAGCAUCUUGCUUCUAUGUGCCAAAGUGUUUUUUCUCAUGCAGCCUUAAAUCGCUUCGCUAAUUUUUAGAAACACCAGGCUUUCAAAUUGGGGUAAGUGUGAUCAGUUGACCUGUGUGGAAUAUGUAGGGAGCAGCAACACUCCAGGGUAAUCACUUGAAGUCAACAAUGGAAGUCAAUCAUUGCAUGAAACCAGCACAUGUAGAUGGGAUAGAUAAUUGUAUAUGAUACCUUUACUGUUGCUCAUCCAUAAUUAUGCAAUGAAUGAAACCUAGAAUGGAGAGAUGAAAGAGACAUCACCAUGUUAUUGUAUUUCUGGGUUUACUUUGUAAUGACGGGAAAUGGCUAAUUUAUUUCUGUUAAUUUUGUGGAGAGGGGCUUUUGAAAACGAUGGGACCACUACUUGCUAAAGGCCCAAGGAUGAUUGUUGGAAUUCUACAUUUCAGUUUUUUUACAACCUAUAUUAUGCUUUUGACUACAGAUUCCAUUUGUUUUGUUGAAGUAUCAUGAGUGAGGGAAGAAGAGCAUGUUGUCAUUGCCAUUUCAAAUCACUUUCAGGACACAAACUAAAAACAAAUUGGAUAGUUGCAGUUGAGGCAACCAAUGUUGUCAAAUGAGGACAUUGUACAAUAUUUUUUAUCUGACUACUGUCUUGAGUCUUCAAGGGAAAUUAAGUAAUGUAUAUAUCAUUUGAUAUAAAGAGGAAUGGACAAUAAACAUGAUUAAUCUUAUGAUUGUUUUGUUUUGAUUGAUGUUGUAUAGUUUAAUUGAUUUUCAAAGGGAUUACUAAAUAUUUUUCAGAGUAAAUGUUAUAUUCAUAUGUUUUUUAUCAUGUCUUGUAAAAGGAAAUUCUUGUUGUUUGAUUAUAUUUGUGAGACUGAAGAUGAAAUUAUUUGAUAGGUGUAACUGGUAGUGUGGCCUGUUAAACAUUCCUUUGUAUAUGGUUUUCCUUUUUUGAAGUCCUUUAAAGCAUGAAACUGUGCAUGGGCAUGGGAUACCUUAUGAUGAUAACUAAUCAUUCCAAAUGCAACACAGUUGGUUCUGUAUGACUUUAUUUCUUGGUUUGAUGUGGACUGUAAAAUGCUGACUUUUUGUCAUUGUUUAUUGAAAAAACCUGCUUCAAUGUCCUCUGUGUAUUAUGGAUAUUCAUAUUUUACAUAAGCAGUUAUAAAUGUUUAUUUUUUUCAAAAUUAGUCUGUCAGGAAAAGGACAUCUGAGCAACGUUUACAUGGUUUGUAUUUUCUGUAUUUGAGCGUUCUUCCUCAGUGCCAUCAGCGUGCAAAAUCAAACCUUGCUGUUAUAUUAUAGUCUCAUAAAUAGACCCCUUAUCCCACACCAAUAAUCACUUGGCUUAGUAAAUAUUUCUAAAAUACUGUUCCUUGUUAUAGUAGCUACUAAGAUGAAUAUACGUAUAUGUCACUUUAAAGCCUUUACUUGACAGCACAAUAUUGUAAAAUAUCAUAGAGAGGUAGCUACUCUGCAUUUAAAAAAAAUCUAUAUAGUAAAGUUAUAAGAGCCCAUAUUCAUUGGAGAACAAGUGUUAGUGUUGGAAAUUAGCAGUUUACUCUUUACAUCGCAUUAGUGGUGAAUUGAGUGGGAAGUUAAAUUCACCCGUGAACAAGUCUAUUAAAAUAUUUGCAGGGCAAUUACCUUUUGAAAUGCCACAAUUCUCAAUUUGUCAUGAUAGAUUGUUGUGGACUACACUCACAUUUAGAAAUAAAGAGAUUGUGUAUAGGCUUUAUUGGUUAUGCUCUAGAUGUGUAGUCAGAUCUUUAUCAACUUGAUGCAAUACAUAGGAUAAUUGCGUAUUACCAGUGAAACUAUAUUACGUUACCUUUUAUUUUACCUUUAAGCUAUUUACGCUUUAAGAUGACUCUCAUAGCACAAAUGUAUUUGGGCCUACUUAUUGUAAAUGUAAUUGCUUGGUUGCCAAUUAAUGGUCUUAAUUACAAUAAUCACAGCUAACGUAAAUAUAAUUUAAGUCUAUACUGCCUGUUUUUGUUGGGGGGGGGGUUCUGGAGGAAAAUGAAUCCUUUGGAAUGUUAUGUAGUAAGUGGCACUUUAUGUGAAUGUCAAACAUCUUGAAAUGAAAUAAAAUGUUACAAUGUAAUACAAUAA